ACGAGUCUUUGGUUCUGGAUCAAAGAAAGUUAGAAGGGUGCUUGCUUUUCUCCUCAGCAAUUAAAACAGCACAAUUUAAUCUAAAGCUACUUAGUUUGGAAGGUGAUGGGAAAUUAAAGAAAUGUAAGCUCUUGCCAAAUUACGCAUCGUGUCAAUUAAUUACAACUUCCACCACAUGUGCGUGCGUAAAGUCGAAGGCUGUGUGCGCGCACACGCAGCGCAUCAUUUCGGGGAACCGCUGCUGUCGGACGCGUUGCUCGGAGUGAGCGUGCGGGCUAUGGAUGAUAUAUGGAGAGAUACCCCUCUCAGACCGGAACAAACCUGUACUUUUGUCUCAUCCACGAGCUCCGAGUGCACCGGAAAAUGAGAGGCGCGCACAGCAGCGUGUUUGCCGGUUGGUGGUGAGAUUAUACGGUUCCGACUUUACGCGGACUGCUUUUUUUUGGUUGUCGUCGUUGUCUCACUUGGAUAUGGCACACAUCUGGAUCCAGUAACAGAAUUGAACAGCGUCAGACGCGUCCGCGGCAGGUGGGCAGACCGGUGGGGGCACGCGGGAACUUGUGUGGUGCAGGAGACGGUCUCUCUUUUCGAAUCGGCGCUGCCACAGCUGUCUCGGUGAGGGAGCGAAAGCGCGCGCGCACGCAAGAGAGAGAGGGAGAGAGAGAGAGAGAGAGAUAUAGAACCAUGGUCAACUGCUUCAUACUGAUGCUGAGCUGGACUGUGAUCUCUGGGGUGGCGAGAGCUCAGAAUGACACGGAGCCCAUCGUCCUGGAGGGGAAAUGUCUCGUGGUCUGCGACUCCAACCCGACCGCGGACUGGAAGGCUUCGUCCUCUCCGCUGGGCAUCUCGGUGCGCGCCGCCAACUCCAAGGUGGCUUUCUCUGCGGUGCGCAGCAACAACCACGAACCAUCGGAGAUGAGCAACAAAACCAGAAUAAUCUACUUCGACCAGGUUCUUGUGAAUAUAGGAAACUACUUCACAUUUGAAUCAGUAUUUUUGUCCCCAAGAAAAGGAAUCUACAGUUUUAACUUCCAUGUCAUUAAAGUUUACCAGAGCCAAACCAUACAGGUGAACUUGAUGUUGAAUGGCAAACCGGUCAUCUCCGCCUUCGCGGGCGACAAAGACGUCACCCGCGAGGCGGCCACCAAUGGGGUUCUGCUCUAUCUAGAAAAAGAGGACAAAGUCUACUUAAAGCUGGAGAAGGGAAACCUAGUGGGUGGAUGGCAGUACUCAACGUUUUCUGGCUUUCUUGUGUUCCCUCUGUAAAAAUAAACAAAUGUGUCGCCACUAUAUAAUCAAAACAUUGCUGCUGCGUCCGUUGGAUCUCACCAAGUUGUUGAAAAAGUGGAUUUGAACAUAGAGGGGAAACAUGACUUUGGAAAUCGUCCACCUUCACUGGAUGUGAAAGACUCUUAAAUGUUCCUUAUUGCUUAUAUACGUUACUGUCACUCAAGCAGCUUCGAGAAACGCUACAACAUCCCCAAAGUCAUUGGAAACUAUGACGUAAUAUAUUCAGCAUAGUGAUUUUUUAUCAUGGCAACUGUUGCAUUCGAGUGUAUCUGCUUCUCUGGUUGUAAACUGUAAAAUGCUUGUGUGGCAAAUUCAUUUUUUAACAAAGGAUGGAUCAUCAAAGAAGCCUGCCUGCCACAGCCCCCCAACCCCCCCCCACCCGACCCUUGGAAGUCAUUUGCAUUGUCACUGAAACACUCCAAACGACUGUAGAUAGCCAAAAUGAACUGCAUACUGUACACAAAACAACCACGAGAGAGUGUACGAAUUACACACAGUAACUUCAUAGACAAGCUAAUUAACUACAGAGAGGCACAAAAAGAAAUAACACUGAGAAACCUGCAAUUUGUUUUGCCAAAUACAGUUUUGGAGGAAAGCCAUUCUUGUGAAUUGGUGGCAAAGAUAUAUUUUAUUAUUCUUUUUUGUUUUAUUGGACUGUGAUUCUGAAGACUUGGUUUAGCAUCUCAAGUCUCUCGUGUGACUCGGUUCAGGCAACAGGGGCACUUGGUUAAAGUGGGAUGUUGUUUUUAGCACGAAGACUUAAACCAAUUCAUUACGCUGCUUUCCCUCCUUCCAGACGGCAGACAGACGAUUUUUUACACAGGGGAGUGUUUAAUAGUUUUCUCAAAGGGUUAGUGGCUCAAACACAUCUAAAUGAAUUGUAUAUAUUUGGCUUAAAUCAGGGGAAAACCAACUGAGUCCAAAUAACUGCCAAUGUUUCUUUGAAUCUGCUUGAAGUGUUUUUGGAAAACUGCCUCCUAACAAAAUAAGCCAUAACAGCUUAAAAUAUGAUGAUAUGGCAUUUUUAUAGCUUAUUUCUGAUGUCCCCAAGAAGAAAUCAUAUUAUUUUAGGUUUACGGUUAGUUUCCCAUUUUUCAACAAUAUUUCCACAAUCUAUGCCAAUCCCUGUCAUCAUCUAGGUCCUUUGAGUGCCUCAUAGUAACAAAAUCAAGUGUUGAAAAUAAUUUAGUUGCUGCAGUACAAGUGGACAUCGUCAGAAAAAUAUGUAAAACACAUAAACAUGAUUACAUGUUACAUAACAUGAUUGAUUUUUGUGACUAAUGAAAUAUAUUAAAUAAAUAAAUAAAAAAACGUUUCUCAUCAUGUUGAUAAAAAAACUUAAUUCAGGCUGGAUUACGUAUCUCCCGAAUUGUAUUUCUGUUGAAAACGAGUAGUCUAUAAAUUAAAUUUUUCUGUUUAUUCCCAAUAGACUUUGCUAAAGUCACCUCAUGGUUUGUAGCCCUAUAUAACGUUUGAUGGACAUCUGAUGACAUUAACAUGCAGAUAAUAAAUUGAUUACCGUCCCACAUCAGUUCCGCUGGGCAGCCUGGGAUAACAGAUGAAUUAAUAAACGCCUUAAUUGUUGCUUUGAGCUCAAUGUGCUUACAAUAUGUGUUGGCUCUCCCCUUCGUGUCUCCGGCGGAGUUACUGUCUGCCUUCCUGCAACACCUUCUGCUGCAUUGUUAAAACCCACCCUGAAAGCUUGCCGAGGCGUUUCUGAGAAGAUUAUUGAAAUCGUAAUUUCCCCCCCGGAACAUUAAUCUGCACAGGUUGAACCUCACCGGCGUUCACUCUGAAUGAUGAAAAUCAUGUUGCUACGCCUUUUUUGCUAAAGGAUUCUUGUCAGGGACUGAUGGGUAACCCCCGGGGCAUUUAGUGGUGUAUUUGGGAGACAUUUUGAUGGAAGGGAUGUUUUAGUUCACUGGGUUAAUAAAGAGGCAAAGAUGGGAAUGACACUUCAUACCAAACAUCGCUCAAGGCAACGGGGUCAAAAAAAGCACAUUUGCUCAUUUUAAUUGUGCAAACAUAUUCAUUCUGAGAGCACAUGACUGGUGACAUCAAUUGAAGGAACUUGCGUUUAUUGAUGGCACAAUAUUUAUUUUGUUAAACCUAAACUGUCUAAAUAUAUUCUGUAACUGAUUUUUUAUCAUUUUACGUUUGUGUGACAUUAUUCAAAGCUGGACUGUGCUGCUGAAAGAAAAUAAUGUCAGUCAGUAAUAACAUAAUUUGUUAACUCUGUGUUUGAAUGAUGCAAAUGUAAAUAUAUGGAUUAUAAGGUUGUAACAUGUUCGUUAGAUGUUCCUAUUAUGUAUUCGAAUUCUGGUCAUAAAUUAUUAAUAAAAAGGGAUUUCUAUAAAAUUA